UCGUCGUCGGCUUGCAGUGACACCCUCACUCCGGCACGGCUAGAACACACCCUGCCUGGUGCACACCCUGCCUGAUCUACACCCUGCCUGGUGUAUUUCAGCCGGACACGCCGGUGAUGCAGCACCGUGCUGCGUCACAGGGUCGAUGGGUUACCCCACAAACGUUGCGAAACUCCCUCCCCGUGGCCCCGUGGUCACCGAGGAGGCGACACACUCUGGGCCCGCCAGGAGACGGCGGCGGAAGCCAAGCAUGGGGACUCCACCUGCCCCGUCUGAUUACGGGGGUUGCGUGCACCGUGUUAUGGGCAUCGGGAAGAACACGCAGGCGGCGGCGGUCGGAGAGAAGGGCUGCGAGGUGGGAGGAAACGGCCAGGUGACGACCACCCCGCACGGAGGAGGCCAGACACCCGCCGGGCAAAAGAACGGCGCUGCUCUCUCGGCAGACGGCGACGGCGGCGACUGCCUACCCAUGGUGCCCCUGGCCCAGGAGAACGGGGAUGCCAAGGUGACAUCAGUCUGUGGCUCUGUGCUCACGAACGGGUCCGUGCCAGGCACAGAGGAGGAGGAGGAAGUGUCCGUGUUGGUGGGAACUAUCAAUAAGCAAAAUGGAGAAGCCAGGCGCUCGCUGUUGGGACUGGAGCCGCACGCACCGGAGUCGGCCACCCCGCAGCGCCGCCCCUACGACAUGAUUUACACGAUCGAGGAUGUGCCGCCGUGGUACCUGUGCAUCCUCCUCGGCUUCCAGCACUACCUUACCUGCUUCAGCGGCACCAUCGCGGUGCCGUUCUUGCUGGCCGACGCGCUGUGCGUGGGCUUCGACCAGUACGCCAUCAGCCAGCUCAUUGGCACCAUCUUCUUCUGCGUGGGCAUCACCACCACGCUGCAGACCGUCUUCGGAUGCCGGCUGCCGCUGUUCCAGGCGAGCGCCUUCGCCUUCUUGGCGCCAGCGCAGGCGAUCCUCUCGCUGGACAAGUGGAAGUGUCCGGACACAGACGCCAUGUUUGCGAACAGCACCACGCAGCCGCUGGACACGUCCGAGAUUUGGCAUCCGCGCAUGCGCGAGAUCCAGGGCGCCAUCAUCGUGUCGUGCCUGGUGGAGGUGGUGAUCGGGCUGCUGGGGGUCCCGGGCGUGCUGCUCGCCUACAUCGGCCCGCUGACUGUGGCUCCCACCGUGUCGCUCAUCGGCCUCUCCGUAUUCCCGGCAGCCGGGGAGCGUGCCGGCAAGCACUGGGGCAUCGCCAUGCUGACCAUCGUGCUGGUGAUCCUCUUCUCCCAGUACUUCCGUAACGUGCACCUGCCGCUGCUGGGCUACAAGCGUGGCAAGGGGUGGACCGUCUACAGGGUGCAGGUCUUCAAGAUGUUCCCGAUCAUCAUCGCGAUCGUGAUCGCGUGGCUCCUGUGCUAUGUGCUCACGGAGACCAACGUAUUCCCCAGCGAGCUGGCGACAUACGGAUACCACGCACGCACGGACGCACGCGGGGAGGUCAUCUCCAUCGCGCCCUGGUUCCGCAUACCCUAUCCCUGCCAGUGGGGGUUGCCCACGGUGACGGCGGCCGGCGUGAUCGGCAUGAUGAGUGCCAUGCUCGCCAGCAUCGUCGAGUCGAUCGGGGACUACUACGCCUGCGCCCGCCUCGCCGGGGCGCCGCCACCGCCCAUCCACGCCAUCAACCGGGGAAUCUUCAUGGAGGGUCUGGCCUGCAUCAUCACCGGACUGUUCGGCACGGGGAAUGGCUCCACCUCGUCCAGCCCCAACAUCGGCGUUCUGGGCAUCACCAAGGUUGGGAGCCGCCGUGUGGUGCAGUACGGCGGCGCCAUCAUGCUGGUGCUGGGCCUCGUCGGCAAGUUCAGCGCCCUCUUCGCUUCGCUGCCGGACCCCAUCCUCGGGGCCCUCUUCUGCACUUUAUUCGGGAUGAUCACCGCUGUGGGCCUCUCCAACCUGCAGUACGUGGACCUCAACUCGUCGCGCAACCUCUUCGUGUUGGGCUUCUCCACCUUCUUCGGCUUGGCGCUGCCCAGCUUCAUCAAGGCCCACAAGGACAUGGUUCACACCGGUGUGGCAGAGAUGGACCAGGUGCUGUCAGUUCUGCUCACCACCGAGAUGUUCGUGGGAGGCUGCGUGGCCUUCCUGCUUGACAACACCAUACCAGGCACUGUGGAGGAGCGGGGGCUGCUCAAGUGGAAGGCCACGGGCCCCGACACGUCGCAGCCGUCCUCUGUGCACUCCGUGGCGAAGGUUUACGACUUCCCCGUGGGCAUGGCCGCAGUUCGGCGCACGCGCUGGCUGCGCUAUAUCCCCAUCUGCCCGACGUUCACUGGCUACGGCUGUGGGUCCCCACGCACGCCAUCACCGCCACCCGGGCCCCACGAUGACCGGCGCGGCUCCGUCGACGUAUAGCCGGCACUGCGUGGCUGUCACCGCGGUUUUACUCGGUUUCCGUACGGCGACAUCGCCAAUGACGCCCCUUUGUUUUUUAAAACCUGGGUGCGUCGUCGUAGCGAGCGGGCGGGCGGGGGGGAGUGAUGACGCAAGGGGCAGAUGCGCUGCGGUUGUUGUUGUUGCCGCCCGGUGUGGUGGUGGUGUUGGCAAAAGGAGUGAGUGCGCGAUUUAAUCGGUUUUCUUUACCACUUGGUGGCAUGGGAUCCCUCGUGUGACAUGCCUGCUACCGCCCAGCGUCACGUCUGCUCCCUUUGUUGUCGUCUUUAGCGUGUGGCCAUUUUAAAAGUGCAUUCCGCAAUCGCGUCGACAACUCGUCAGCGACUCUGCCGCCUUGUCGGGCUCACGGUGGGCCCAUCUUACUCCGCCCUUGACGGGCAUUCUCUUGUACCACCGUUGUGUCGCUCGAGCAAGUUCAGGUACACGUAUGGGUUUGUGAGCGCCCGAUCGGCCACCACACCGAAAUGGUGCUGAGUGCACAGGUGCGUGACAGGCAAAAGUAUGAGAUGUUACAUUCCUAUCGGUGAAAUCAUGCCAAACUUAAUAAUAGUGGAUAACAAAUGUUGAGUAUUUUUGGUAGAGCGUUGUACACGACUUGCAUCUCAUCCCAAACAUGUUCAAGGGCACCCCUAUUGGCAGCUGUCCUUGCGUGGCACAAGGUGCCGCGGUGCCUGGCCUGCAGACGGCACGUAUUUUAUAAUGCACACCGCAGUAUUAACCAGGGUGGCCUGCCGGAUUCGUACCAUGAACCCCUGGCAACAUGCAGCGAAACAACCCGUCCCUACGAAGGUAGUGAUGGAAGGUGAUGCUUUUGCACGAAAAUUAAUUAAGUUAAAAUCCAAGUUGUAAAUAAAACUGUUCCUAAUGAUGAUAUUUGAAAAACACACUUGACCGGCGGCUGUUAAGGCGUUGCGAGUGAUCGGUGGUGUUGGCACCACGAGUUCAGUUCCCAAGCCCCACUUGAAGUCCCAGUGCCCACGUGUACAUAAGACAGACACUUGACACCUACACACAAACACUUUACAUGUGUGUUGCAAUACAGUUUACUUAAAAUGGAUGGACAUUAUUUCUUUAGGAAAAUAUACUUGGUGUUUUUUUGCAGUUCUAAAACAAGCUGCUGCGUUUGUAUUGAAUGGUGAAACGGUGGCACCCGUACUCCGACUCGUGGCUGGAGCAACACCUUAACCAUUGAGCCGACAGCACUUUGAUCAUCUCUCUAGGAGGGCAUUUCUCUCUCAACUACUUGCCGUUCUCUCUCCCGUUCAGGUCACACGCACCGGCUUCAUUCCACGAACGCCCUGACAGUCCCAGAUAACCCUGCUCCGCUCGUGAGAUGCGAAGCAUUUACGCUACCAUUAUGUAAGCGCAGCAGGAUGUAACCUCGGCCGCAGCGAUGGUAUUAAGCAUUCACGCAACAGGGCGAAUUAGAUGUCUGCACGUGUCUUAAGUGAAAACGCGCACACAGGCCGUAUGUCCCACACUCUCCCACACGAGUUUGAAGAUUUGAUGAGAAUAAAAAGGCCCCUGUGAGUCUAAGGCAUUCUACUGUGACGUGGCAUCAGCAGACCGUGCCUGACGGUCACUUACAGGGCUUCUCCCCCCCCCCCCUCAUGGUAACAAGCGACAGAUUCGUGUUGGACGGACGGAGACGCGCGGCCUGGGUCUGUGGGUUGCUUCUUAGAGCACGCAAGUAAUUGUGCCGACCACUUGAUGUAGGCACAUUCUUAAGUGACAGCUCUGGCUCCGCAUGAGCCAGUUCAUGCGGAGCUAGUUCUGAGCACGACACCCAGCCAAGCUGAGGAUUUCCAUGAGCCGAGCCGAAGCCAAGCCACGGCUGAACCGUUCACGUCCUUGAAAGCAACCGAGCGGCUCAAUCCCGGGCCAUGCCACGAUCGAGGCCGAGCUAGAGCAGAGCCACGACGAAUCGUAGGCCUUGGUUACACGCCCUGCGAAAUGCGACCGCGCGGAUCCUUGAUUUUUCUAAAGAAUGUUAUAACUUGCUAUGACGUGAGCCCGUUGAAGGUCUGGAGUUUGGGCUUGUGGCGGUGUUCAUCCCCGACGUUCCGUGUGUCCCCAUGGUCUUAAAGUGCAUGAGCACCGAACUACUGCGCAGAAACCAACAGCGGAAUGGCGAGGUUUACAUAUUUAAUCAUUAUUUAUUUUUUUGGUAGGGAUUGGCAGGCAUCACGCAACAUGUUUACAACACCUCAGUAUAGAAGCGGAGUCUAAUUGCAUCUGGAUCCGUCCGAGGAAGGCAAUCUGGAAUUUAUAUUAAUUUUCUACAUUUGGUAUUCACGCCAAUCUUAUAGCGCAGAGCUAUAACCCAAGGGUGCUGUGUUUCACGGACGGAUAUAGCCUGCCAAUAGGAAGACAUCUUGAUAUGCAUAAUCACAAUUGCGUAACUUGCGGGCCAUUCUUCUAAUCUGGCUAAUUUGGACCAUGACACACAAUGCCAUACCCGUUUCGAAUGACGUUACAUGACUUUUUAACACCGCCGCGGGGAAGCAGACGGCACGUCGUCGCAUUUAACUGUAAAUACUCCCAAAGUAAUGGCCAAGGCAGCCUGCUGCAUUCAAACCGUGAACUCUCUGCAACCAAACGCCCGGCACGCUCCGCAUCCACCGGUACCAUUCGCUCCCACUCCGGAAAACCGGUCGGCAGGAAAUGACAGCCCGAGUAGAAUGUUGCAAUGAAUCGCUGCGUUUCGUUACAGAAAGUGCGAGUUCCAUUGUCGUUGUGUAAUAUGAGCGAGUUCCAAUGUAAUGUUAUGAAAGUCGGCGAUGCUUGCACAAAUAAUUGAGAUUUUUUUUUAGCGGGAUCAGCUUAAAUAUUUAAUUUAAUAACGCGUUUUUAAAAGGCAUUUCGUAUGCAAAAUUGUGCACGUAUCAAUAUUUUUUAAAGAUUGCUGCCCAUUGUGGAACAAUGGGUAAUGAAGUUGGAAGGUGAUAAUUACCGUUUAUUGUGUGUGUGUGCCACGGUGUGUGCUUCAAGCUAUUUCAUUCCAAACUACAAUCGCCAUAGCGUGAUAUUAAUUAAGGUAAUGGAGCACAUUUGGUAUUCACGUCAUUCUAGUGGAAGGCUGUCACAAAGGAAGGUGCUGCCGUUUCAUUCUGCAGUCGUGUCGUAGUCGGGGCGAUAUUUGUAUGUGUUUGAUUCCAAUUGUCUAAUUUGCAGGUUUUUUUUUUUUUUGGCCAAUUUGGACCUAAACACCAGCACACAAUGGCUUAAUCCUAGCAAAUGAUGUCAAGGGAUACAACACCAGCUUGAAGAAAACAGUGCAUAUUUUACAGUCAAUACGCUGGCAGUAUUAACCAAGGUGGCCUGCCGGAUUUGAACCGCAAACGUCUGCAACAAGCGGUGAAUGCGUGGCAACUGGGCUAAGUCACCGCCCCGUGAUAGGCGACGUGUAAGUCUCGCUACAUUUUGCUGUGAAGAGGCUGUUUUGAAACCUUAAUAGGUGGAUGUUGUUGAUAAUUCCACGGUUUGUAUUUAUGCAACUGCUAUCCGUGAUGGUGCGAAUGAAUAUUCAUCAAUUGGGUUCAAUCGCAGCUGCGUCUCACGGAAAUGUCAUCCGUUAAAAUCGUUUAAACGUGCUGGGGAAAGAUGCAGCCCUGCAGUUGCUUGCUUGCGCUCGUGCUGGCAGAAGGGCAUCUACCUGAGCGAACUCUACGCGGUGUUUGGUCUACAUUCCCACCACCACGUCACCUGCUGAUCAGACUGUGCUGUACCCAUUUAUGCUGCUGGGUGGGCAAGAGCCAGGACACUUUGGAAACUUGUUCCCCCAUUGUUUUAACUGCCGUGCCAGGAGACGCAAUCGAUUCAGCUCCCAGUGUUGGGAAUGGUCACAAAUUGUAGAACUUAAUGAAUCCCACGAAUUUAUAGCAAACGAUGAUGCUGACGGAACCUGUAUUUGCCACUGAAUUAGCAUUCGAGUAAAAAUGUCACUGGAAGAGGGGGGGGGGGUGCGCUUUUAAUUACCUAAUUACGGGUGGAACCACAGCGAUUAACAUUAACUGUGUAUCUUUUGGUGAAUUCAUCAAAUGGAGUAAAAACCAAUGGGGGCGGGGUGGGGGGGGUCUCGGUUGUUGUUAAUGGGUUCUUGUCUCCCCUGCAGCUACGACAGGCACUACCAGUCAUCACAGUGCUUGAAUAAGAUUCGAUUCUUGAAUUAGGACCCUCAAAUCGCAACAAGAUGUAUGAACUGCUUUCACGUCGUACGUAGCAAACCGUGCUAGUCAGGGGUGGGAGGACAGCAAACUCAAAAAGUAAAAAAAAUAGUAUCGAUGCAGGGUUGAAUCUUUUCAUGUCUAUGGCUGAUGCGAGAUGCUACACGUUCAUUGGAGACUGAUCUGCACGAGCACGAAGAUUGACAUCACCACGCAAUGUUUCAGUGAUUUCUGACAUCACCAUGAAUCUGUCAGACCGAGGCUUAACAUUGCCAAUCCUAGGCCCUCUACAUCGAAAUUUUCAGUAAUGUCAGUGAUCCAACAAAAUUGUGCCUUGAAAGAUGAACUCUUUAUUUGGUUUCGGUGCUUCUCGUCACCUGUGUAAGGAGAUGACAGUGUUGCCCAGGCCGGUAUUUUGUACAUUUGGUGUCUGGUUACGAAAGCUGAAACCAUCUCCCACUCUGCAUCGUGUUUUUUGCUCUCUUGCCUCCGUUGGUAAAUUGUCUUGCCCGUUUUAAACCUAGCGUGCGACACGCAACGCUCGCAUGUGGUUAGCUAACCCAUCGGCCCCUAGAGUCGUCCCACUUAUAGACACCCUGGUGAUUAUUAUCACUCCAAUUAGGGAUCGUGGCCACAUGUCCCAGGGCAGGAUGUGGUGGGGGGCGGCGGCGGCGGCCGCUCAAUUCGCACGCGGAGUUGGACACGCAAGACCCGAGUCGCAAAUCCUGCACUCACGGGAAUUGGCGAUCCCACCCUAUUAUUUGGUUCUUUCGGUAAAGUCACGUAGACAGGUUCAAAGAAAAUAACCAAAAACUAGGACGUUUCGAUCGCAACACAAGCGUUCGUCAUCAUUAUUUUUUGUUAUUUCCAUUGAACCUAUCUACGUGACUUUACCGAAAGACCCAAAGGAAUAUGAAUUCCUGCAGUCACGAAAGCUUAUCCCACCCUACCCAAAUUUCAACUGAAAAUUAUAAUUGUUAGCAAAUGCUGAGUGUUGUCAUUCCAGAGAUGAGUAAAGAGACGGCUAUGAUUUGCACCUCUCUGUUGUGUAUUUGUGUUCGUCUUCUAUGGCCUUGCAUGGCAAACGGCCAGAGCGUAGUCGGAGAGACAUUAAAGUGACACCAUGUGUCAGUCUGUGUAAAAGCAAGUGUAGUGGACUUUCGAUAAUUAUCGAUGUGCGGUUUCUUCGAUUUGCGAUUAACUGCGCACCUGAGAUUGACAUAAAUUAAUAACUCGUGGGUUCUCGCUAAAGCCCAAAUAAUCUAAAAACAGUUCUAGUUAUUCUUGGAAAUGUUUUUUACAAGUCACGUUCUUAAACCGAACAAAUGUGCUCCAGUGAAUCGGAAAUCCACGUGAUCGCCUCUACAGUACAGGAGUUGCAUAUCUUUACAAGUGGGGCGGAGUUUGAUUGACUUUGAUGGGCGUGGCUCUGAUAUCCACUUAGUGGGCUGAGUCUUCUGCGCGGAAGCAGUGAAGUGUCAUCACCGAGCGAACGCAUCGAUCGAUUUAAUAAAACAGGAUCAAUACAUUCUUUCCUACAAAUGUUUGUUUUGGUCAUUAAUAAACUCCACUUUCUUAAUUUAAACAGAAUUGAUACCUGUAUUAAUGGAUUUAGCCAUACAGAUCCGCAAAAAAACUUAUAUUUUUGGAUUAUCCGUGGCCAUCCUGCCCGGAUGAUCGAGAGUACUGUAUGUGGCUUUUUGUGCAUGAGCCCAGAGCAAGCAUUGGUUUCACCAGAGAUAGCAAAACCUUGUAGCUAUGUCCAGUGUUUCAUGCACAUUGUAAAAUCCAAUUGCCAUGACAUUUUAAAAACGGUUAUCGCAAGCAGAACUCAAAUCUAUCUCUGCAGGUUUUCAAUUACUCAUUGCCAAGCUUCCCACACAGCUGGCAUUGACAAGCAGAGGUGGACCCCAAAAAUGUGUAUAUUUAUAUUUCACAAGAGUAAAUGCAUUUAAUUUUUUAUUAAUUCACGGCCCUAUUUGAAAGGUUUGCGUUUUUGGGCCGCCGCCCCUCCUACCCUGGGACGUUUCUCGAGCAGGCACUGCCAAUGAGGUGGUGAAUGUCUGUUGUGCAUACAGCUUGCGGCGCAUGUUUAGUCUCGGGGCUGGUUUUGGGGCUUCCCAAUUGUCGUCCGCGCUUGUCAAUUCCCGGUCAGAAACGUCGGGACGCUGAGAGAACAACUGAAAGGCGUUUCACUGAACUCGAGAUCAGAACGAAUGUUUUCAGGUUCUCAGCGUGAGCACGUGUUGGGCAGUGGAGGAAGGUUUGUUUCGGUGACGUCCUUUGUUGUACUGUACUGCUAUGCUUUCUCGCAUCUUUGCUCCCUCGAAAAACCCUCGUGGCUUGCAAAAAACCUUGGAGGCCCUCAAUCAGCAGUGGAUUCAUUAAAAGGGCUGUGUAUGUACAAGUGCAGUCUAUAUUUUGUUUAAGUUUAUUUAUAAUUCAUAAUAGAUUUUUUUGGGUUACAACAUGCAAUGAUCCGGCAAAAUGUUUGCAGUGAAACCCUUCCCCAUCCGACAUGGCUUGUGAAAACUACAUGUGAAGUUAAUUUAGAAUAAAGGAUGCACUAUGUGUGUUCAGAAGAGUGGAGCUGCAUCCUACUGUAGUAAUUGGAAACCCAGCGAGUCACGCAGACUGCACGGCGGUUUUAAAUGGAGUUGCCAGUCCUGAAAUUGUUCUGUACCACAAACGUGACUUUCCAAAACACUAAUUCCAUGCCCUAAUAUUGUUUUGUUACAAUACAGCCUUUGCCUCCAUUGAAGAUUUGUUACUAUUUUUUUUUUAUCAUCAUCGUUUCCGUUUACUUGGUUUCAAUUGCGAACUUGUGUUUUGAAAUUCCAGUCAGCAGUGACGGGUUCGAAUCAUCCCGUGCGUGGAGCUGCGCGCGCGCGCUUUGUGUUGGCGGAGGGGUGGAAUGACGACCCCAGUGUUUUAGAAGGCAACACAACCUCAGCCUCCCGACCCACUUGGCAUCAAGUCCAGCGGGCAGAGUGGGCACCACCCUCUUGCUUCGCUCUGUGGAAUCCGAUGUCGGUGGAAGUGUCUUGCAGAUUCACGCACAGACUGUGUCCGGGUCUGUCCCAGACACCGAUUUUACAGCGUCGUUUAAUGAUAAAAGGAACACGGUCAUACGCGCCUUCAGAUCGAUCUACCUCUAUAGUAUAAUAAUAAGCGAACAAAUAAACUUUUAAAUAAAUGGGGACUAAUCCUGGUUAAGAAUGUAAAUGAGUUAAAAAAAAGUUGAUCAAAUUUCAACAAAUAGUGACUUGAAAAACAGGAACAGCAACAUGUAAAAACAUCAACAAUUGAUGGAAAUAUUACCACCAUCGAUUGUGGUACUGGUUUUAAAUUUUAAAGGUUUGUUUUUCCUUCCUAUAAACAAAACUUCCAAGUUGUUGUAUUGGCAUCUCAUGAUUACACAGCUUGACAGGAUAACAUGGCUGUGUCUUGAAGAGGCUCCUAACCACCCGCGCUCCCCUUACCCAACUCAGCCCCUGGCUGGCAGCCGGCAUUCGUUUACAGCAAGUGCCGGGUUUUGUUUAUUCGUCGAGCCAAGUUUGCCAUGUAAAUCGGAUUACACACGGUGAAAGUUAAACAUGUAACCCAUACCUGUCAACCCCUUAUCAGUGCCCUACCUUAUUACAGACCAAUUCAGACAUUAUUGGUUUCACCCCGUGCCCCUUAUACAUCUCAACGUUCAUCCUACAAAGUCCCAUCACAAGGGAGAAACACAAAUAGACAAAACGUGUUUUUGCCCGUCCUGAGACGGCUGUACGCUGUAUGGACCUGACAACUCAAUUUCCCUGUACAAGAAUACGGGUAAACUGUAUGGGUUGGCAGGCAUGGUAAUCAUAUUACACGCGGUUACUUUUAACUUUAAAAUCGGAUUACACAGAGAUUAUAUUUUACGUGCAACUAGAUUCCACUUGGUGGUUACGUGUAAACAUGUCUGUCACAUCGCGUGGCGUUACAUCUUAACCUGUCAAUCGGAUUCCACAGAGGUCACGGCCUAUCCAUGGAGUCGCUUGACCAGGGCACUGCCGCUCGUGAUCGUCCUGCAGUAUUACUGCCGUGUGUGGGUGGGCACGUGACACAGUGAUUUCUCGUAGUGCGUGUAGGGGGGCUUGCUGUUGAUUUAUUGUCGUGAUUGUUAUUUUUCUUAUAAUUUGAUAACCAGCAUGACAGAUAAGACCGUUGCCGUGAGUACAGCGCACAGAGUUAUGGCAUGCACUAAUGUACCGAGAGUAUUUGCACUACCGCCUUAAAUACAAUGCUAUAUACGUGCAUAUAUUACAACAGCAACAAUUACAACGCUAUAUACACAAGUACUACUCUUACUAUGUUGCCCUGAGGGAUUCUGGUGGUCGUCUAAAAUCUACCCCACCGCCUACUGACCCCCCCCCCUUUCUGCCACAACCUCCACCACCACCACCCAACCACCACCACCACUACCCAACCACCACCACCACCCAACCACCACCCAACCACCACCACUACCCAACCACCACCACCACCCAACCACCACCACCACCACCCAACCACCACCACUACCCAACCACCACCACCACCACCACCCAACCACCACCACCACCCAACCACCACCACUACACAUCCACCAGCACUACCCAGAGCAGGCCAACCCCUGGGGGUGGGGGGAAGGGGGUGGGGAUUCAACCAAGAGGAGGCGGGGCCUAA